AAAUCCAACAAGCAGCAGCACAUUUGCUCACAUUGUGGAAAGAGUUUCAAAUAUAAAUCAGGUCUCAAGAAUCAUCUGUGGUGCCACUCUGCAGAAAAGCCGUUUAACUGUGAUCAGUGUGGUAAAAAGUAUAUUUCUUUAUCAAAUCUAAAUCUUCACCUGAAAGUUCAUUCGGAUGAGAAGCCUUACGCGUGUUCUGUGUGUGGAAAGAGUUUCUCUCGACUGGACUGUUGUAAACAGCAUCAGAAAAUACACGAUGAAGUGAGAGAUCACGUGUGUUGUGAGUGUGGAAACAGCUUUACUACAGCUGGCCAGCUGAAACAGCAUCAAGUAGUUCACACUGGAGAAAAACCUUACAAGUGCUCCUAUUGUGACAAGAGCUUCGCUCAACGUGGAAACCUGAAAUCACACGAGCGAGUUCACACUGGAGAGAAGCCGUACCAAUGCAAUCAGUGUGGAGAGAGUUUCAAAUAUUCAAAUUUUCUCAAUGAUCACAUGCGUGUUCACUCUGGACAAGAGCCAUUCAUCUGUGAUCAGUGUGGCAAAGAGUUUCAUGCAUCCUCAAAUCUGAAAACACACCUGAAAAUCCAUUCAAAUGAGCGGCCUUAUGUGUGUCCUUACUGUGGGAAGAGCUUUUCAGCGUUGGUCUGUUGCCAACGGCACCAGAAAAUCCACACUGGUGAGAAAGAUUACCUGUGUAGUGAGUGUGGGAAGGGCUUUACUACACUCGCCCAACUGAAAUGCCACCAAAAAAUUCAUACUGGAGAAAAACCGUACAAGUGCACGUAUUGCGACAAGAGCUUCACUCUGUCUUCACAACAGAAAUCACACGAACGAAUUCAUACAGGAGAGAAGCCGUACAGCUGUACUCAGUGUGGAGAGAAGUUCAGACAUCCAAACUCUGUAGUUAAUCAUAUGAAAAAGCAUUUUCCACCAAGUCUAUCCACUUAGUUCGUUUCCAGGUGCUUUGUAGAAAUGACACAUAUUUAUACAUUUAGAUCUUAAAGUAAUUGCAUUGUUUCUGCAUGCAAUUAAAAUUGAGGGUGGUGCAAAACAACAUAAAGAAAAUCAAAACACCGCAACUGGCAACGAAAUAGGUGACAUUGAAGAAUAAACAUUUAUAUAGGAAAGUCAAUAAAGUAUGAGUGUUGUGGCCACAUACAGUGUAAGCAUUAUUCUGUGGCACUGUGAGAUCCUGUGUUUUAAUUAAAUAAUGUGUGAUUCAGAUAAAGUUAAUGUGUUAGUUACGGUAAACUUUA